AUGGAGCAGCGCGCCAUGGGAGCCCUCAAGAAGCAGAGCUUAGAGGACCGCCUGGCGCAGGAGAAGGUGGCGGCGCACGAGAGGACGCGGUGGGAGGACGACGUGCUGGCGAGGGGCAGCGGCUACAAGCGGCUCUAUCCCUCCAUGGAGAAGGAGCAGGAGUACCUUCACAUCCACGACGCCGCCAUCAACAUCUGGGAGAUGCUCAUGGGCGGCACGUCCCGCAGGGCGGGCGACGCGAAGAGGAAGAGCGUCGAGGAGUCCAAGGAGGGCGAGGUCAAGGACGACCAUGGCGGCUUCGGCUGCGCGGCCGACGCUUGCGCCGGCCAGAGAGCCUGGAGCCCGAUGGAGCGGGCAGCCCCGGCAGCUGUCGGGUGGCCCUUCCCGAGAGGGGCCUGGCUCGACGCGGCGCUGAACGGCGACCUGGUGCCGGGGCUGCCGCUGUGGGCAGGUGCACGGGUCCUGGCGCGUGUCAAGGACGACUUCGGGGCGCCGCAGGGCGUCGAGAUGCUCGAAGUGGAGGUCGCCUACCAAGCGGACGCCUUCGGCCGUUUCUUCAAGGGCCGGCAUGUGGGCGCCAGCGACCCGUACUUCUCAUGGUAUGCAGCCUCCUCCGGGCAGCAGGGCGCGCGCCCCCUGGCCACGGUCUUCCACCUCUGCAAGUGCAGCGCCGCAGAGUGCGGGGCGGUCGCCCCAGUGGGCGCUGUAGUCGAGCACUUGGACGUGUGGCAGGUGGUGGACCCCCGCGAUGUGGCCCGCGAGCAGGCGAAGCUCAUCUGCCCGGCCGCGGAUCCUGGGGCGCCUGUGCUGACCGACGCGCCCUCGGCCGAGCCGAUGCCUGGAGAGCUCGGCGGCUGGCCGCUCGGGGAUGGGGCCAACGAGGACGAGGAGGAGCCUCGCGGGCCUCCGCGCAAGCGUGCCCGCGAGGUGGAGGGCACCCAGACCCCUGGGGGACCAGGAGAGACGAGCCCACUCGACCAGGAGAUUGCGGGGCUCGAGGAGACCGCCGAGGACCCAGAGCUCGAGGCGCGGCUGGCGCGGCUCGGGGGCAGGGCAGCUCGUGGUGUGCCGAGGCAGGGCACGCCCAAGAAUGCUGCGCGCCCAGCGGGAGCCGUGGGCGAGCGCCUGGCGCAGGUGGUAGCUGGCCGAGCCGCCGCUGCUGCCCCUGCGCGCGCCAGCGCCACGGGGUCGAGGAGCAGGCUGGCGUCAGCGUUGACCGCUGCGCUCCUGGGGCGCGACGACGACGACGCGGAGGACGGCGCGGAGAGCGACGCGGAGCGCCUUGGGGGCCGCGACCGCUACCAGGGCGUGAACAUCAAGCGCGACUUGUUCCGCAGGAUCGCUCGGCAGCGGCCCGGCGCUCUCCUCGAGAAUGGGCUCGGCCACCUGCGCAGCCAGUUCACCCAGCAGUUAUCCGCAGGCGAGGCCGACCCUCUGGCCCCGUGCGUCACACAGUUCCUGAACACGGUGUUCUUCGUUGCUCACCCGCCGCGGACGCUGGGGACAGACGAGGUGCGGGUCCUCCGCACGCUGGGGCUGGCGCUCGACGGCAUCCUGCGCGGAGAGGUCGUCGAGACUGCGGAUCUGCUCAUGCAGGAGUUCAAGGCGCGGACGAUGGCCAUCCGCGACGGGAACUGGCGGUCGGCACGGUGGCUCACGCUGGUCGCGCAGGAACAGCUUCCAUCAGGCGCCUCUCUGGACGAGGAGAACGCUGCCGAGAAGGUCGAGGCCCGGGAGCUGAAGGUCGCCGAACUCCGCCAGCGACUUGCAGACCGCAGGACCAGCCGCAGUCCCACGCGGUCAGUCCAGCUCCUGAGCGACUCGGAGGGGGACCUCGACGCAGCAGCCGCCGCCCGCGUGCCACCAGCGGAGGCGGCGGCAGGCCGGAGCUUCGCGCAGUACAAGGCGGCCCACCCGAGGCGCGAGGGCGAGACCCAGGACGGCCUGGGUUCGGGCGUGAGGGCCGACGCGGCUAAGGCCGCGGCCCAGAGCACGCUCCCGUCUUCCUUCCGCCCGCCUGAGCGGCAGCUACGCGGCAGCUCGCAGGCUCGGCGGUGGCGCCAGAUGCUAGCCGAGGUGGGCACAGGCGUCAGCUCCAAGUUCAGGCUCGCCCUCGCAGUCCACGAGGCGGUGCGCGGCUCGCCAGGGGCGAUCGGGCGGUACGUUCGUAAGAUGUGCACUUCGCCAGACCCCACGGCCAGCUUCGCGCGGCUGCGCGAGGUGUUGCCGUUACCGCUGCCCGACGCCCCACUCUUUGAGAGGUACCGUGCCGCCUGGUACCUGCACCGGCAGCUGCCGGAGACCUGCGAGGUGGACGCCGCCACGGCGCAGGGGUGGGCCCAGCUCGUGGUCUUCAGCCUGAACUACCAGUACACGGGGCACAUGCGCAGUCCCACCGUCGCCGCGAGGCGGCCCACGGCUAGACAGGUUAGUGCGCUCGGCAUUGUGCAGGAGGCCUGUGAGUAUUUCGUUCAGGAUGCCGCCACAGCCUUCGAGCUCCCGGACUGGGACCAGGUCAUCGCGUCGAGGACCGUCUCCUACGGGGGCGAGGAGACGGCCCGCGCCCUGCCGCUCUCGCUUGCGGGCAUCAUGCCAGGCCUCCCCGCGCGAGGCGUCGCCGCCUCUGUCAAGGCGGUCGACAUCGCGGACGCUCAGGUGGGCGCCUGGCUUGCCGACCCCACGCUGGCUUUGCUCCCUCGAGAUGAGUGGCCUGCAGAGGUCCCGCGGGCGGCGAUCCAGGUCACGUCCAAGCAGGAGUGGUACCGCAUCGGGACCAAGCUCGUCGAGCUGGGGCUGGCGGCGCCGAUCGCCGACGACCGCAUCUUCAAGGUCGGGAGCCGCAGGGUGCUCGCUGGGGCGUUCGGGGUCGCCAAGGGCGGCACGGGAGGCACGGGCCGUCACCUGGCAAGCGUUGCGGCCACAAUGCUGCUCUGGUCCUCGGAUGACCAAGCCUCCGCUUUCUACUGCUACGAGCUGCCCGAGGCCUGGCAGCCAUACAUGACCCUCGCGGAGGCGAUCCCGAACGAGCUCAUCGGUGUGCCGGGUCCUGGGAAGACUCACCUCGCGCUGCGCGUCAUCCCGAUGGGCUGGAUCAACGCGGUCACGGUGUUUCAGCACUGCCACAGGCGCCUCGGGUUCGGCUCUCGCCCCCUCGCCGCGGGGUUUCCCGCAGAGCUCGAGUGGCGCAAAGACCGGCCGCUUCCGUUCAAGUCGAAGGAGCUCGAGCAGCAGUGGAUCCAGUACUACAUCGACGACUGGGACCAUGGCGAGGUGGUGCCCAACGCGAUGGUCGCGGAGCUCCUCGGCACGAUGAGCUGCGCGCAGGAGGAGCAGAGGGCCGCCUACGGCCGCUCGGGGAUCAGCGUCGCCCCCGGCAAGGCCAAGCACCGCGCGCUGGUCCUGGAGCGGAUGGGCGCGGGUCUUGACGGGGCCGUCGGCCGGGUCGGAGUCACGACCGAGAAGUUGCACCAGCUGCUGGCGUUCAUCUUGUGGGGCAUGGGCAGACAGGGCCUCUCGUCGCAGGGCAUGCUCAUGAUCCUAGGCAGGUGCGUCAGGGCAGCGGAGUUCAGGAGGCCUUUCAUGGGAUUCCUCAACAGCGUGUGGGCUGCUGGGCGCUGGACGCGUCCGCAGGCUGUUCCCCUUGGCAUGUGCGACGAGCUCUUGGGCUUCGCGAUGGCGCUGCCGCUGGCCUACACCGACCUGCGCGCAAAGAUCGACACUUGUGUCAUAGCGACCGAUGCCAGCGAGCGCGCCGGGGGCAUCUGCCACACGGCCGGGCUCUCGGCGCAGGGCGUUGCGUGCGCGAGAGGGGGAGCUUCGGCUGUGACUUUGCGGCCUGGUGCAGUUGCGGCCCCUGUGCGGGGAGUGCGGUGGCGCCCUCGCAUAGUUCUCAUCGAGCUCUUCGCAGGCGCCGCUGGGGCCGCGGUGGCGGCCUCCAGACUCCCGAUCGACGUGAUGGCCCAUGUCAGCUGCGAGGUCGAGCCCGCUGCCCGGCGACUGGUGCGUCGCCGCUGGGCGGGCGUGAUUGAGCUUGGCAACAUCGAGGCCGUCGACGCGGCGUGGUUUACUGAGAUGCUGAAGGGCUACGCGCGGGACGCCGACUGGGUCGAGGCUCCUUUCCGGGUCCCCGAGCUGAUCCAGGCAGCGGAGGCUGCCUUUCCCAAGCGCACCAUGUGGUUCGUCGAGAACGUGUUCAGCAUGACCCUAGAGUCGAGGGCGGAGUUCACCAGGGCGCUUGGAGUCACGCCCGUGUUCCUCGAUGCCAGGUGUCUCACUCACGUCAGGCGGCCCCGCCUGUACUGGUGCUCGCGGCCGGUCACGGCGUUCCUGGCGUCCGACGCCACCGUCGAGACCAAGGGUGUGGGAGAAGCCGCGUACUUCAAGGUCUCGCUAGCGGUGGAGAGGCUCCCACUGAGUGCCUCGCUCCUGGAGGGCUGGUCGACGCUGGACCCUGAGGCAGACCUCCCUUGUUUCACGAGGCCGAUCCCGCGAAGUCACCCGCCGUUUCGGCCCGUGGGCCUCGACCGCGCCUCGGUGAGGGCCGCAGAGCGCUGGGCUGCCGACAGCUACCGUUACCAGGUCAACAACUACGAGGACGGCAGCCUCAUCUGGGAUGCGAGGCGUGAGCGGGGCCGGCUGCCCGUGCCUGAGGAGCGUGCUGCUCUGAUGGGGUUCGACCGUCUCUAUUUCCAGGCCGCUGUAAAAGAUAGUGCACCCGCCGCCGAGCGAGACAGCGUCAUUGAGUCCCUGAUCGGGAAUACGUUCUGCGUCCAGGCUGUCAUGUAUCUUCUCGGCUCGUGGCUCGCUCAGGUGGGGGCGCUAGCGGCCGCCAUCCCAGGCAGCAGCUGCCUCGCUGUGGGCACGUGCGAGGCGAACUGGAACGUGGUCCCCGACUUCCAGCAGCCGGGACAUCGCGACCCGCAGUUGGAACGCAGCCUGAUCGUAGAGUUCCUGAGGGUCGCGGACCGCGGGGGCACGGACGUCCGGCUCGACACCGGGGCGCCCUACCGCGCCCGCGCCACCAAGGGCAGAUCGAGCGCGAGGGCUUUGCAGCCCGCACUCCGCCGGCUCAACUCCCUGCUCCUCGCGACGGCUGGGUACCCGCUGUACGGCUACUGCGACACCGACGACAUGCCCGCCGACACGCCCAAGCGUGCAGCGCAAGCAGCAGCAAAGGUGAGCAGGGUCACGGCCCAGGCGAUGGCACGACGAGCUGCAGCGAGGUCCCAACCGCUGAGGGAGGCGAUGGUCACGCCACUCACCCUGCAGCGGUACCGUGCGGCAGUCGAUGAAGUCGUUGAUUUCUGGAUCCAGGAGCACCGGCAGCCGCAGACGCCCGCUCAGGUCGACGCUGGCGUGGCCGCCUUCAUUGAGAGCCGCUGGCUGAGCGGAGGAUCUUUGUUUGAGGUUAAUAAUGCAAUUGCAGGCAUCACGCACGCUUUCCCGCCCGUGCGAGGGCACCUGCGGGACAGCUGGCGCUUGGCCAAGACGUGGCAACGCCUGGAGCCAGCUGGGCGGGCGCUGCCGAUCGGUCCGCUGAUCGCGGCUGCGUUCGCUGGUGCAUUUGCGGCCGUGGGCCAGCUCGGUGCUGCGGCGGUGCUGGCUGCAGGCUACGAUGCUUUCCUCCGGACGGGUGAGAUGACCUCGCUCGUGUGGUCCGAUGUACAGCUGUAUCCACUCCGACGAAUGGCCGUGCUGCAGCUGCGCAACACCAAGAGCCAGCAUCAGACUGGUGCCCGAGAGUUCGUGCUCGUGCGGAGUGGUGUAGCGGUCGCCCUCCUUGCCAGAGCAAAGGCUCAGGCGCACGGACAGGACUUGUGCCUCGGGAUGGAGCCAAGCAGUUUCAUGAACACUUUCGGCCGCGUGCGUGAGCUGCUGGAGCUGCAAGAUGCAAAGCUCACCCUCUACAGCUGGCGGCGGGGCGGCGCCUCCGCCGACUUCCCGCAAGCCACGGCUCCAUGGAGCACAGGACGCUGCUCCUAG